GGCCUUUAAGGUCGUUGAAACGAAACGGCGGGCAACUUUGAAGGAAUAAAUGAAAGUUCAUUAGUCCUGGCAUAAUCGUCCGUGAAUAUCUGAAAUACUUAUACCGUAUAUGGACUGUAUAAUUGUAUUUUGAAGAACAUGGUUGAUAACGAAUUAAAAAGCCUCAGUUUAAAUGGGAACCAAAAACGUAGCAAUUAUAUAUCAUGGGAUGAAUAUUUCAUGUCUAUAGCACUAUUGUCCGCUAUGCGCAGUAAAGACCCUUCGACUCAAGUUGGCGCUUGCAUAGUUAACCAAGAAAAGAAAAUUGUUGGAAUAGGAUAUAAUGGAAUGCCCAACGGUAUUUUAGAUGAUGAUGUCCCUUGGGGAAAAGGAUCAACAAAUGAACUUGAAAAUAAGUAUCUUUAUGUUUGUCAUGCAGAGUUGAACGCCGUACUGAAUCGUAAUGAAGCUCAUUCUGGAGGUUGCACACUAUUCACAACAAUGUUCCCAUGUAAUGAAUGUGCUAAAGUUAUUAUACAGGCUGGAAUUAAAGAAGUAGUGUAUUAUUCGGAUAAGAAGAAUGGAACGGAGUCUAAUCAAGCAGCUAAAUAUUUAUUUAAUAAAGCUGGUGUCAGCAUAAGAAAAUUCACUCCAACGAAUCGAACUAUCAAUAUUAAUCUUAAUUAACUGAGGAUCCUAAUACAAAAAAGCGGAUAACUUACAAUCGACUAUGUAUCCACUGAAUUUGUACUGGACUGUUAGUUUUUGUAUUCAUAUUAUAGUUUAAUUUAAUAAAUACCGAUCAAUUGAGUAUCUAUAUAAAGUUUUCUUAAAAUUAUGCUCAAUAUAAGGACUGUUGGAUGCUAAGCUAGUAGAAUGAUGCUACC